UCUGAUAUUUUCUGUUUUUACUCUGUAUAGGGGAGUAACUGCUGAUCUACUAAUGGCUGGAUAGAUAAAUGUUGUAGUAUCUUGGAUUCAUCAGCUGAGUAUUAUUGCCUGGAUGACUUAUGGAAGCAACAGUUAAGAGUUUCAUUUGAUUUGACAGAGUAUAUGGAAUAGCAUCCAGAAGCAUCUAACUGGGGGAUUGGGAUCUCUAGUUUUAGAAAAAAUGCCUCGUUUCAAGAUUACCAUGGACUCAAAACUUUCAGACAGAAAACUGUUUUCGGUGGAUAGCCUACUAAAGCUGACUACAAUCAUAUACCUUGUGCUAUAUUCUGGUAACAAAAAUAUUCCACCUAAAUUUCAAAGUUAUUUUACAUGACACUGCUGUAUUCUGUGUGAAGUAAAUUACAAGAAAAAAGUACCGCUGCAUAAUUGAUUAUUUGGAAUAAACUAAUUCACAUAUCGAUUGAUAAAUGUGUCAAUGUUGUGUAUCCUCUGCUAAACCAUACACCAGAAACUCCCUAAAAAUUCCAAUAAAUAUCAUCUGCAUGCCUUGUUACAAGAUUUUUACUAUGCGUUUUUUCCUUCCCCAAAGGUUUUUUUGUCAGUUUCUCUUUUAGAGCCCAUUUCAAUAUAUGAUCUUGGUAGAUGUAUGUUAUAUAUUCCAGUCCACUAAGGUGGAGCUCAGCCAUAUGCUUGGUGAAGCUAAUGAAUUAUCUUGUAGUAUCCUGAGAGGAAGGAAUGUGCAAAAUUCUUACAGAGGGAAUCAAACAACAAUCACAUUUCUUUAUUCUUCCCAGAAAGUACCAAGGGAGCUAAUGUGCUUCUUGCACUGAAAACAGGGGAACCUUGCCUCAUUUAUUUUUUUUGGCAUAAAUAUAACAAAUGAGUGAACAACUUCUUGUUAGUUUUCGGUUUAACAGGUAAAUGUUCUCUGUUGAGUAGUUUUCUCUCUGCUGACAAUGGCUUGGACUUUUAAGUAGGAUUUGGAUGCUUGAUUUCCGAAUGGAUGCACCUUAUCCACCCAAAAAAAAAAAGAAGAGAAAAGAUAACUAGUUGUGCUUAUUCCUGCAUGAUCUGUGGAUAUGUCAUAUGUAUAGUCACUUUGCUCAUGGGACCCCAGCAAGAGGCCAAUGGCUGUAGAGGCCCUCCAACAUUCAAAUGCACGGUUGGACAUGAGAUGCAGGUUAUAUUUAUAUUGAAGCUGAUAGGGAACGUGAAGUCGUUGAGGUAUUUUCUUGCAGAUGUAGAGCACUUUUAUUUCUUCUUUUUCCCUUUUUACAUGCUUUCCAGACUAAUUAGGAAUGGAACCAAUUUUCAAAACAGUGAAGUUUCUAAGGGCACAUGGGUCCGCGUGAAGUAUGGGAAAUACAAAGGGGACCUUGCACAGGUUGUGGCUGUUGAUGAUGCACGAAAGAGGCCACCGUAAAGCUGAUUCCAAGGAUCGAUCUCCAAGCCAUGGCACAAAAAUAUGGAAUUUGGAGUGGAAUGAUUACUGGGAUUGCUCCAUAGAUCCUCAUCCUUAUAGUAAUCACGUAGCGUAUUGAUCGGGAGAAAGAGG